AUGAAGGAGGUGUGGAAAGAAGAACGGUGCUGGAGUUCGGUUGUGCGGCUAUCCCCUUGUUGCGCUGCUGCUGCUGCUGCUGCUGCUGCUGCUGCUGCUGCUGCUGCUGCUGCUGCUGCUGCUGCUGCUGCUGCUGCUGCUGAUGAUGAUGAUGAUGAUGAUGAUGAUGAUGAUGAUGAUGAUGAUGAUGAUGAUGAUGAUGAUGAUGAUGAUGAUGAUGAUGAUGAUGAUGAUGAUGAUGAUGAUGAUGAUGAUGAUGAUGAUGAUGAUGAUGAUGAUGAUGAUGAUGAUGAUGAUGAUGAUGCUGCUCAUGGUCGUGAUGGUGGUGUUGGUGGUGCGGCUGGUGGUGGCGCCGUUGCUGCUGAUGCUGGUGAGGGUGAUUCUCGGGUUGGUGCUUGUAAAAAUGUGGCUGCUGCUGGUGAUGGUGAUGGUGCUGAUGGCGGUGGUGAUGACGCUGCUGAAGCGCUUUAUGAUUCACAUCCUCCCACUCCCGGUGCUGCCUCUGGUAUAAAGGAUGCGGAAUAUGUUGCUGCUGAUGCUGAUGCUGCUCCUUCACGUGUUCUCCUCCCGCCCGUUUGA